AUGGCUCGGAGAAAUCUUCAUUUCAUGGAGAAUGUUAUAAGCAUAUACAAAAGCUUGAAUGCAGCCGUCAGUGUUCAUCUCCCACAAUUACUGAACAAUUCCAACAGCCCAAAAGAUGGUGGAUCUGAAGAUUCUGAGAUGAUUGACAAGGUUGUGAUCAAGCGACGUGGUGGUGGCAGUGAUUCCUCUGGUCUUGAUGGUUCUCCACUUCCAACCUCACAAGAAAGCAAUCCAAGACCAAAGCAUCAGGACUGGACUAAGCAGCAGAAACUCGAUCAUCUCCCAUCAUAUGAGUUCGAAUCCGAGAAUGACGCUGGCAAUCAUACACCUGAGAGUCAUACAGGACAAGCUGCAAAAAGUCUUGACAAGACUGCGAGGAGGCGAAUUUGUGGUGACUCCCUUACUCAUGAUGAUUCCUCGCCUCCAAACUCACAAGAAGGCAAUCCAAAUUUUAAGACUCAGGAUUCGACUGUGCAACUGGAGAGCCUCCGGUCAUAUGAUUUUCAGCCUGAAUCUGACAGUGAUCCCUCUGAUCAUGUAAAAGCACAGAAACAUCAGUUAUCCGAAAGUCAUGCAGAACAAGCUGCAAAAAGGAAGUGUGACAUUACUGCUUCUGAAAGAAUGGAAAAUCAUCAGCAAGUACCCAAGAGACAGAAGAAACUGAUGCAAAACGCUGAUGAUAUGGACUUCAAAGACAACUACACUGCAAACUCUGAUGAUCAGCUAAGUGGAAAAGCCUCAAUUUCAGAUCAACCAUCAUCCGACAUAACCAUAUGUGGAUUCUGCCAAUCUUCUAGGGUAUCUGAGGACACUGGAGAAAUGCUGCAUUACUCCAGAGGAAGGCCGGUGGUUGGAGAUGACAUCUUCCGCUCCAAUGUUAUCCAUGUCCAUAGCGCAUGUAUCGAAUGGGCACCGCAAGUUUACUAUGAAGCUGACACAGUGAAGAACCUGAAAGCAGAACUGGCAAGGGGAAUGAAGAUCAAGUGCACCAAAUGUGGUCUGAAAGGGGCUGCCUUAGGCUGCUAUGUCAAGUCUUGCCGCAGGAGCUACCAUGUUCCAUGUGCACGGGAGAUUUCCAGAUGCCGUUGGGAUUGUGAAGACUUUCUUCUGCUUUGUCCGGCUCAUUCUGCUGUCAAAUUCCCAAACGAGAAGUCUGGACAUCGCGUAUCUAGAGCUGAUCCCUUGCCAAAAACAAAUCCUGCAGAGCUUUGUUCUCUGGAUGAGAAACCGGCUAUUACAAAAGACAUUGUUCUCUGUGGAUCAGCACUCUCUCAGAGUGAUAAGCGCCUGAUGGAAACUUUAGCCGCUAAACUCAAUGCAACCAUAUCAAGGUACUGGAACCCAAGUGUUACACAUGUGAUUGCUUCAACAGACGAGAAAGGAGCUUGCACAAGAACUUUAAAGGUUCUUAUGGGUAUUCUCAACGGAAAAUGGAUUAUCAAUGCAGAGUGGAUGAAAGCAAGCCUUGAAUCUUCUCAACCUGUUGAUGAAGAACCAUUUGAGAUUCAUAUUGACACUCAAGGAUGUCAUGAUGGACCGAAAACCGCAAGACUCAGAGCGGCAACUAAUACACCAAAGCUCUUUGAUGGCUUGAAAUUCUAUUUCUUUGGAGAGUUCUAUAAAGGAUACAAAGAAGACCUUCAAAAUCUAGUCAAAGUGGCAGGUGGUACGAUAUUGAACACAGAGGAUGAGCUUGGCGCAGAAAGCAGCAACAAUGCCAAUGAACAAAGAUCAUCAUCGAUUGUGGUUUACAACAUUGAUCCUCCAAUUGGAUGUGCCUUAGGUGAAGAAGUCACGCUUAUUUGGAACCGAGCAAAUGAAGCAGAAGCUUUAUCUAGCAAAACUGGAUCUCGGGUCGUUGGUCACACAUGGCUCUUGGAGUCUAUUGCUGCUUACAAGUUGCAUCCUACGGUUUAG